CGCACAAGUGCGCAGCCCAGGCCAACCCAGCAGGUUUCUAGAUGCGCCGCCCCUGGACCGUGGACUGGUGUCAUUGCUGGGCGGGGGAGGCGCGGCCCGGGCGUGGCGAGGCAGAGUGUGUGUGGGCCGGCUUUCACUCCGGCCAGGGUGGCCCGGACAGCGCGGCAGGCAGGCCUAGGUCAUGGCUGGCGGGGAGGAGCAGCCGGGGGCCGAACUGCUGCCUUUCGCUCCGUUCCCACACUCUAGCACGCAGCCACUCACCUACAGCUAUGGCCCGCACAGCCUGAGCGAACUGCGGGCGCGAGAAUUCGGCCGCCUGGCAGGAACAGUCUACCUUGACCACGCAGGAGCCACAUUGUUCGCCCAGAGCCAGCUUACUAGCUUCACUCAGGAUCUCACGGAAAAUGUUUAUGGUAAUCCUCACAGCCAGAACAUCAGCAGUAAGCUCACCCACGACACCGUGGAGCAGGUGCGCUACAGGAUCUUGGCGCACUUCCACACCUCCCCGGACAACUACAGUGUGGUCUUCACAGCGGGGAGCACGGCCGCCCUGAAACUGGUGGCAGAGGCCUUCCCCUGGGUGUCCCCGGGCCCGGAGAGCCGCGGGAGUUUGUUCUGUUACCUCACCGACAACCACACCUCCGUGGUGGGCAUGAGGACGGUUGCCAGAGCCAAGAACGUCACCUGCGUGCCCAUCAGGCCAGAGGAUAUGUGCUUGGCGGAGAUGCGGGGUGCCGCCACCGGCGAUCCCGACUGCCAGCUCGUGCAUCUCUUCUGUUAUCCGGCUCAGAGUAACUUUUCCGGGACCAGAUACCCUCUGUCCUGGAUAGGAGAGGUCAAGUCCGGACAGAUGUGCCCUGUGGGCGUGCCUGGGAAGUGGUAUGUGCUGCUGGACGCAGCCUCCUACGUGAGCACCUCCCCUUUGGACCUGUCGGUUCACCAGGCUGAUUUCGUCCCCCUCUCCUUCUAUAAGAUCUUUGGCUUCCCCACCGGCCUGGGCGCUCUGCUGGUGCAUAACCGGGUGGCUCCCCUGCUGAGGAAAACCUACUUUGGAGGAGGCACUGCGGCGGCGUACCUUGCAGGAGAAGACUUCUAUAUCCCGAGGCAGUCGGUGGCAGAAAGGUUUGAAGACGGCACCAUCUCGUUCCUUGACGUGAUAGCGCUGAAACAUGGAUUUGAUGCCCUAGAGCGCCUCACAGGUGGGAUGGAGAAUAUAAAGCAGCACACCUUUACCCUGGCCCAAUACACCUACACGGCCCUGUCGUCUCUCCGGUACCCCAACGGAGCCCCCGUGGUGCGGAUCUACAGUGACUCUGAGUUCAGCAGCCCAGAGGCCCAAGGUCCCAUCAUCAAUUUUAAUGUGCUCGACGACAAGGGGAUCAUCAUUGGCUACUCCCAGGUGGAGAAAAUGGCCAGUCUUUACAACAUCCAGGUGCGAACGGGCUGCUUCUGUAACACUGGGGCCUGCCAGAGGCACCUGGGGAUAAGUGACGAGAUGGUCAAGAAGCAUCUCCAGGCGGGUCAUGUGUGCGGGGACGAUGUGGACCUCGUAGACGGGCAGCCUACAGGGUCAGUGAGGGUUUCAUUUGGAUACAUGUCUACUCUUGAGGAUGCCCAGGCCUUUCUCAAGUUCAUCAUCGCAGCCCGACUGCGCCCACUAAGUAGCCAGCCCGUCCCUCAGCCUGCCCCUGGGGAGGCCGGAGCCCCCCUAGCAGAGAGUGAGCCUCUGAGCACCGUGCCAGCCACUGUGGGCAGAUGCCUUCCCCCACCUCAGGAAGACACGCCCACAGACUCCAGGCUGCAGGAUGACUUGCCCACUGCUGUGGAGGCUGUGGGUUUGCAUACACCUCUGCCGGAGACCACCAGGACCUGGGAGACCCCUUCAGAGAGAGCUGCAGGAGUCCUGGAUGGAGACCUUGGGCCACAUGUCGUCACCAACCUUUACCUCUACCCAAUCAAAUCCUGUGCGGCAUUUGAGGUGACCAAGUGGCCCGUAGGAAAUCAAGGGCUGCUGUACGACCGGAGCUGGAUGGUUGCAAAUCACAAUGGCAUUUGCCUGAGUCAGAAGCAGGAGCCCCGGCUCUGCCUGAUCCAGCCCUUCAUUGACCUGCAGCAAAGGAUCAUGGUCAUUAAAGCCAAAGGAAUGGAGCCUAUAGAAGUGCCUCUUGAGGAGAAUGGUGAACGGGCUCAGAUUUGCCAAAGCAAGGUCUGUGCGGACAGGGUAAAUACUUAUGAUUGUGGAGAAAAAAUUUCAAUCUGGUUGUCAAAGUUUUUGGGCCGUCCAUGCCAUUUGAUCAAACAAAGUUCGAACUUCCAAAGGAACGCCAAGAAGAAACAGCACCAAGGUCAGUCUGCUGGUGCGACAGCCACCCUUUCUCUGGUUAAUGAGGCCCAGUAUCUGCUGGUGAAUAGAUCCAGUGUUUUGGAACUUCAGCAGCAGCUAACCACCAGUGAUGAGAAUGGAAAGAAGGAAUUAUUCCCGAUGAAAGAUCUCAUCUCACGUUUCCGUGCCAAUAUUAUCACCAAUGGAACAAAAGCUUUUGAAGAAGAGAAAUGGGAUGAGAUUUCAAUUGGUUCCUUGCAUUUCCAGGUUCUGGGGCCUUGUCACAGGUGCCAGAUGAUUUGCAUCGACCAGCAGACUGGGCAACGAAACCAAGACGUUUUCCAAAAGCUUUCUGAAUAUCGAGAGCGAAAGGUGAACUUCGGAGUGUACCUGAUGCAUAUGUCUCUGGAUUUAUCUUCACGUUUCCUGUCUGUAGGAUCUCAGGUGAUCCCUGUGUCAAAAGAAAAUACUGAAUGCCCCAAUUUGCCUGCUUCUGAGAAACAUCUGAAUGUCACCUCCUAAAAUUAUUUUUCAGCUUAAAUUAAAAUUUGUCUUUUACAACUA